AUGGCAGCCUCAGCAGCUCUCCUAAAGACUUCACCGGUGCUUGAUAAGUCGGAGUUCUUGAAGGGUCAGGCCCUAGUUCGCCAGCAUUCUACUGUUUCUGUUGUUAAGUGCCAACCUGCUGGUUCACCUUCUUCACUCACUGUUCGUGCAAGCUCGUAUGCUGAUGAACUCGUCAAAACCGCGAAAACUGUUGCAUCUCCUGGCCGUGGGAUUUUGGCCAUGGAUGAAUCAAAUGCCACCUGUGGCAAGCGUCUGGCCUCUAUUGGCCUGGAGAACACGGAGGCGAAUCGCCAAGCCUACCGUACCCUGCUUGUUUCAGCUCCUGGACUCGGUAACUACAUCUCCGGUGCCAUUCUCUUUGAGGAAACACUCUACCAAUCCACCGUAGAUGGAAAGAAGAUAAUUGAUGUACUCCAAGAACAGAACAUCGUUCCAGGAAUUAAGGUGGACAAGGGUCUAGUUCCUCUUGCUGGUUCAAACGAUGAAUCCUGGUGCCAAGGUCUAGAUGGCCUUGCCUCCCGUUCUGCUGCAUACUAUCAACAGGGUGCUCGUUUCGCCAAAUGGCGUACCGUGGUGAGCAUUCCCAAUGGUCCAUCAGCACUUGCAGUCAAAGAAGCAGCAUGGGGUCUCGCUCGCUAUGCUGCCAUCUCUCAGGACAAUGGUUUGGUUCCAAUUGUGGAGCCCGAGAUUUUGCUUGAUGGUGAGCAUGGUAUUGACAGAACCUUCGAAGUUGCUCAAAAGGUUUGGGCUGAGGUUUUCUUCUACCUUGCUGAGAACAAUGUGUUGUUCGAGGGUAUUCUUUUAAAGCCUAGCAUGGUUACUCCUGGAGCUGAGUGCAAAGAGAGGGCUACACCAGAGCAAGUUGCUUCCUACACCCUUAAGCUUCUUCACCGGAGAAUCCCCCCUGCAGUCCCCGGAAUCAUGUUCUUGUCAGGCGGGCAAUCUGAAGUCGAGGCCACUCUUAACUUGAAUGCAAUGAACCAAUCUCCCAACCCAUGGCAUGUGUCUUUCUCAUAUGCCAGAGCCCUCCAAAACACAUGCCUCAAGACAUGGGGAGGAAGACCUGAAAACGUUCAGGCGGCUCAGGAAGCAUUGCUUAUCCGGGCUAAGGCCAAUUCUCUUGCUCAGCUAGGUAAAUACACCGGCGAGGGAGAAUCCGAGGAGGCCAAACAAGGAAUGUUUGUUAAAGGCUACGUUUACUAA